CGGACGCAUCCUACGUAUUUAGCGCACCUACCAGCUUCCAAUGCCCAUCUCUGAAGUAGCACUGCGGCCGUUCCAGCGAACACUAGCUUUACGUCACACUGAACUCUCCGAACCUACCACAGCAGUCAUCAUUCUUUCUGUUCGCCAGCAGAUCGACACCGAUUAGGGCUUCUUUGGCGCUGAAGACAGUGCCUCCUUAGUGGGUGAGAUAAUGUAGCUCUUCAGAGUGUCUUUAUUGCAAGCCAACAGCCCCCCGGUCUUUUACGACUCCAAGUCCUUCGGAGCCCUCGGCCGGACGCAUACAACAGUUCUCCAGUGAAUCGAGAUUCACCCGCACUAAUCGUUGAGAGUCAGUGUGAUGUCGCUUGCUGGCCUCAAAAAACAGUUUAACAAGGCAAACCAGUUUGUGAGCGAAAAGAUUGGCGGGGCAGAAGGAACCAAAUUAGAUGGCGUCUAUCUUGAAACCGAAAAGAAAGUCGAUAUCAUUGCCAGGCUCAUCGACGAAAUCAUCACUCAAACCCAUGAAUUUCUUCAACCGAACCCAGCCUAUCGCGCCAGACUUUUGACCAUGAAUACUCUAAGCAAAUUGCAGGGGAAAUCGAAAACCACUACAUAUCCACAACCUGAAGGUCUACUUGGCGAUUGUAUGAAAAAAUAUGGUCAUGAUUUGGGCCCCGAUUCAGCGUAUGGUCAGUGCCUCGUCCAGUCAGGAGAAUCGUUGAGAUAUCUGGCGGACAUAAAAUAUUCGAUGGAGGACCACGUAAAAGAAAGCUUUCUUCAACCUUUGCAUAGUGUACAGACGCACGAAUUGAAGGAAAUCAUGCAUCAUCGGAAGAAACUUGAGGGCCGACGCUUGGACUUUGAUUGCAAGAAACGAAAGCAAGCGACAGCCACUACGAAGUUGUCGGAUGAAGAGAUGAAGAUAGCCGAAGAGAAGUUUCUGGAAUCCAAGAUGUUAGCAGAGAAAGCUAUGAUCAAUUUUCUCAAUUCCGAGGUUGAGCAGAUUCAAGGACUAACUGAAUUUAUUACAGCACAGGUGGAUUAUCACCGUCAGGCAACUGAUAUAUUGGAGCAGCUGCAGAAAUUCUUAAUAGAUAAAAAAGAUGAUGCAGUGACCAAGCCGAAAAUCACCUACGAGCCGCACUUACCCGCGUCCCUUCAGAAUAAUCAGGUUGAGGGACGAUCACCGUGCAGCAGCGUUUUAAGCACCCCGAUCAAGAAAGGUCCCGAUGCAACGACGAAAGAACCUGCCUCCGUUAACGGACCCUCAUGCCGUGGCCUGUUCGAUUUCGAAGCUGAGAAUGAUUCCGAACUGGCCUUCUCCGAAGGAGACGUCAUCCGGCUCAUACAACAGGUGGAUGAAAACUGGUUCGAGGGUGAACUGAACGGCCGCCGCGGUUACUUCCCAAUCAACUACGUCGAAGUAAUCAAUCCACUCCCUUAGGUUCUCUCAGCCACGGAGACUGUCAUGUGUGUUAUUUGAAGUUACUCUUGCCUGCUUGUUUUUAGACCGAGCUGAUGUUCCGCAUCGGAAAGUUCAUUUACCAUGCUAUCAAACAAACAUUCCCCUCUCCACAGUUCACUGGUGCUUCACAUUUUAUCAUAUCUUCAACCCUGGUUAAUAGUCGUUAUUUUUAUUUGUUGUCGUUCCUUUUCUUCCGCAAAUGUCAUACUCAGAAUACAGAACUCCAUAUCUUUCGUUUACCUAGCCGAGCGUUCGUUUACAACUGGCCAUCUUUGUUCCGACUGCAUCCGCUGCAUUUGUCCACCACUUUAGCGUAAUGGUGUAAGAGAACCAUUUAUUCGACAGUGCAAUCUUUUCCUACACUUACUUUAGUUUUUUGACUUAUUUUGUUGUUUCCACACACACACACACACACACACACAGGUGUCUCACAGCUUAUUUACUGCCGAUCUCAUGUACUCCAACCGCUUAGCCAACUUUCUUGCUCCGUUGUUUUUCAGACAGUCAAUGGUCACCUACUCUUCUAUAUUCAUUCCAUCUUCUCAGCUUUAGGAGCAUCUCUCCUCUGAUUCCACUCUAUUUUCUGUUAAAAUGUAUGUGAUAUAUUGUGA